AUGGCCGAUUUAGAUAAGUUAAAUAUCGACAGUUUGAUAUCGAGGCUUUUGGAGGUCCGUGGAUCUCGUCCAGGAAAGAAUGUUCAACUAUCCGAAGCAGAAAUAAGAGGGUUAGCACUGAAGUCAAGGGAAAUUUUCCUUCGACAGCCGAUUCUGCUGGAACUUGAGGCACCUUUAAAGAUCUGUGGGGAUGUCCAUGGCCAGUAUUAUGACCUACUUCGUUUGUUUGAGUAUGGUGGCUUCCCACCCGAUGCUAAUUAUCUAUUCUUGGGUGACUAUGUCGAUCGUGGCAAACAGUCUCUCGAAACCAUUUGUCUUUUAUUGGCUUACAAAAUAAAGUACCCAGAAAACUUUUUCCUUUUGCGUGGAAACCAUGAGUGCGCAUCGAUCAAUCGUAUAUAUGGUUUUUAUGAUGAAUGCAAGCGGAGGUACAAUAUAAAAUUGUGGAAAACCUUUACUGAUUGCUUCAACUGUUUACCGAUAGUCGCCAUAGUAGAUGAAAAAAUCUUUUGUUGUCAUGGUGGUCUCUCUCCUGACCUACACUCCAUGGAACAAAUCCGCAGGAUUAUGCGCCCAACCGAUGUUCCAGAGCAAGGUUUGCUCUGUGACCUGCUUUGGUCCGAUCCAGACAAAGAUAUUACUGGGUGGGGGGAAAAUGAUCGUGGUGUCAGUUAUACGUUUGGUGCAGAUAUUGUUACCAGGUUCCUCCACAGCCACGAGUUGGAUCUUAUCUGUCGAGCGCAUCAGGUUGUGGAGGAUGGUUACGAGUUUUUUGCCAAACGUCAGCUCGUAACUCUAUUUUCUGCUCCAAACUAUUGUGGGGAGUUCGAUAAUGCUGGGGCUAUGAUGUCUGUUGAUGAAACUCUUACUUGUUCCUUCCAGAUAUUAAAACCCGCAGAUAAGAAAAAGUUCAACUUCCGGUCUCUUAACUCUGGAUGGCCUGCUACUCCUCCGAGAAAUUCUAAACUUGAAGAUAAGUGA